CUUCUUUGCUAGGUAUUCACUAGUCAGCUAGGACAGUACCAGCAGUACGAAGUAGGGCAGAGACGGGCAAAAUGCAAGUCUUAGGUGUAAUUGCAGUGAUAUUAGCAGUAUACUGCGCACAUGCAAAGGUUUACUUUCGGGAGGAGUUUCUGGACGGUGAUGACUGGAGAAGUCGCUGGGUGAACUCCAAACACAAGUCUGACUAUGGGGAAUGGAAACUGACGGCUGGCAGCUUUUACGGAGAUGCUGAGAAAGACAAAGGUCUCCAGACAAGCCAGGAUGCUCGUUUCUAUGCUGCCUCUGCCCGUUUUGAGCCUUUCAGCAACGAGGGCAAGUCUGUGGUCUUUCAGUUUUCGGUCAAGCAUGAGCAAAAGAUUGACUGUGGUGGUGGUUAUGUGAAGAUCUUCCCUGCUGAUUUGGAUCAGGCUGAAAUGCAUGGAGAAUCCUCAUACUACAUUAUGUUUGGUCCUGAUAUCUGUGGCUACAGCACCAAGAAAGUCCAUGUCAUCUUCAAUUACAAGGGAAAGAAUCACCUCAUUAAGAAAGAGAUUAAGUGCAAGGAUGAUGAGCUGAGCCACCUGUACACGCUGAUCCUGAAUCCAGAUCAGACCUAUGAGGUGAAGAUUGACAACGAGAAGGUAGAAUCUGGCAGCCUGGAGGAGGACUGGGACUUCCUGCCUCCUAAGAAAAUUAAGGACCCCGAAGCCAAGAAGCCAGAGGACUGGGAUGAUCGUGCCAAGAUUGACGAUGCUGAUGAUACCAGACCUGAGGACUGGGACAAACCUGAAAACAUUCCAGACCCUGAUGCUAAAAAACCUGAAGACUGGGAUGAGGAUAUGGACGGCGAGUGGGAGCCACCCAUGAUCCCCAACCCAGAAUACAAGGGAGAAUGGAAACCCAAACAGAUCGACAACCCCAACUACAAAGGAGCAUGGGUGCAUCCUGAGAUUGACAAUCCUGAAUACAGUGCUGAUUCAAACAUCUACAAGUUCGAUAGCAUUGGUGUUUUAGGUCUCGAUCUUUGGCAGGUGAAAUCUGGUACCAUCUUUGACAACUUCCUGAUCACAGAUGACGUGAAGGAAGCAGAAGACAUUGCAAAUGAGACAUGGGGUGUGACAAAGGAGCCAGAGAGGAAAAUGAAGCAGGAGCAAGACGACCUGAAACGAAAAGAAGAGGAGGAGAAGAACAAAGAACAAGACACUGAGGGUGGUGAUGAAGAGGAAGAAGAAGAAGAAGAGGAAGAAGAGGAGGAGGAGGAAGAAACAAAGGACGACCUAGAAGAGGCUCUUUCAGAAAUGGAUGAUGAGGAAGCAAAGCAUAAAGAUGAGCUUUAAGGAGCCAUUAGAAACUCUGUCCAGUAUUUCCCAGGGGUAUUGUGGCUGCUGUGCAUCCUUUCCCUGAGAUCUGGACACAACUCAACUGGGUGGGGGGGGGGGAAAUGUAGUGAAGUGGGGCAGUUGGGUGUUAAUGGACUUAGUUUCUCUUUAAUUUUGGUCUUGAUGUUGCCCCUGAACAGCUGGAUUGAUUGUAAGGUUUUCCACCUACAAAGUCCAUUCCUCAUUUUGUAAUAACAGAGAAUAAGGAGGCACUGACAUCCACUGCUUUCUUGAUAUUUGCUUGAUCUACACAUCUACUUUAUUUGCUGUUUCCCUUGCACAUUUGUUCAUCUGUUAGAGUAUUUUGACAGUUGACCAGAACCUGUGAUUAAAAAUGUGGUAAAUAUGACAAAACGGAGAUCUGCAUAGACAUUCAAAUUUCAGCCUGGUGAAACAUAAAAUGCACAUAACUGAACACACAAUGCAUAAACUUGACUAAGCAAAAGACUUGCAGCAAAACAAUCACAAAAUACAGACAGGAAACAAGACUAAUGUAAUGUAACUUAUUUUGGUUAUGUCUUUGGCACUGACUUUUAUUUACCUUUCCAUGCUCUCUAAGGCAUAAUUGAAAUCUAUGUGAGCAAUGAAAUUGUUUUCCUACAACAUGUCUUCAUGGUAAUGUGAUGGGACCUGCAUUAUAUCCUGAAAGUCUGGAGAAACAGAUGGUGAGCCUCUAAUGUGACUCGUGACAUCACCAAGGGUCACACACUUCUUUUUAUUGGACAGAAUGUUAUUGAUACCAAAGUUUUUAUUAAAAGAUUAUAACCUUA